UCCUUGGCGACGGCCUUAGUGCCGGGGUGACGGAGGGUUGGAGCGAAUGACGGUCCCCGUGCGGUGGCGGCUUCACCUCCUGCCGGUGCCGCUCGCCAGCGUGUCACGCCGAGACCAGAUUGGGCCGGGAUCGGUGUUGGGUUGGGGCGGAGGGAGGAGCUGGAUAGGGACGGCCAGAGCAGCAGGCGAUGAUGCUGGUGUGGUCCGAGAACCGCUGAGCCUUCCUCCUCUGCCGCUCCCCUCCAUCCCGUACUGAUCCCUCACAUCCUCUCUCCUCCCUCCGAUCCCCUCACCCUUCCUCCCCCUCUCCUUCCCCAUCUCCCUCCCUCUUCCCACCCCUCCCCUCUUCCCUUUCUCCUCCCUCUCCUCCUCGCUCCCCCUCUCGCCCCCUCAUCCCUCUCUCCCCAUCUUUCCCCUCCCUCCCCUCUCUCCCUCCUCUCUCCCCCCUCUCUCCUCCUCUCUCUCUCUCCCAUCCUCCCCCUCUCCCCUCUCUUCCUCCUCCUCCCCUCUAUCUCCCCCCUCUCUGCCUCCCGCCCCCGCCGCAUUCUGUGCGACCGGCGACGGAAUAAUGGAUUUGAACCCGGAGAAUGUGUUCGCUCAGAUGGGAGAUUUACAAGAACUUAGUUUCAUUGAAAGACCCGUGCGGAGGUACCUGAAGACUGCAGAGGAGAUAGAAAGAUUGACAGUUGAUGAAGAGCUCAAUGAUAUUGAAAGGGCUGUCUAUCUUCUGAGUUCUGGUCAAGAUGUUCAGCGAACCAGUGUGGUGGUUAAUCUACCGAAGCUGAUGCGACAGAAUACUUCUGAGACUAUUCGAAGAGUGGUGCCAAAAAUUCGAGAGGUACUCCAUGUUGCAGGGGUGGAGAUGCAGUUGGUUGCUGCAGUUGCAUUUCUUACCAUCUUACAAGAAGAGUUGGUUUCCACAGCAGCUUAUAUCCACUCUUUUCUCCCAAUUAUAUUGGUAAACCUAGAUCACAAAGAUACAGUGGUCAGCAAUGCAUGGUUGGAGACUCUCCUGACUGUAAUCAAUGCUUUACCAAAGGAAACCAUCAGGCAAGAGAUUUUAUCUCCACUGGUUUCAAAGGCUCAAUUAUCACAGACAAUCCAGUCACGUUUAGCCAGUUGCAAAAUUCUGGGCCGAAUUGCCAGGAAGUUUGAAUCUCAUGUAAUUAAGCGGGAUAUUUUGCCUCUAGUGAGAUCACUUUGCCAGGAUGUUGAAUAUGAAGUUCGCUCCUGUAUGUGCCGACAGCUGGAAUACAUAGCACAGGGAAUUGGUGUUGAACAGACAAAAACUGCAAUACUUCCAGAGUUAGUGGAGUUGGCUAGAGAUGAAGGGAGUACUGUACGUGUUGCUGCAUUUGACACCAUUGUUAACCUGCUUGUGAUGUUUGACAGUGAUGACCGGACUCAAAUUAUAUUCCCCUUGGUGAUGAUGUUUUGUGAGAAAUCAUUCAAAACAGAUGAGACCAUCCUUGCACCUUUGUCACAUCAGCUGGGGAAGCUCUGUCAUGGUCUCUCAGGGAAUUUAACUGAUGAACAGCAUCUUUGGUUUUUGGAUUUCUACAAGAAAUUCAGUUCAUUAGGCCUACAACAUGAAAAUGGCCAAAGUGAACACUUGACUCAGUUCUAUGCAGCAGAAAUGGAUGCCAAAUAUGCGUCUGUGAGACAGAAUUGUGCCUACAAUUUGCCAGCCAUGAUACUUUUUGUAGAUCCUAAAUGUUUCUACACUGAACUUUAUCCCACUUUUUCAACCCUUUGUCAUGAUCCUGAAACUUCUGUCCGACGAACGGUUGCCACUGGCUUCCAUGAAGUCAUUAAGCUGCUAGGCUCCAGUGUUCAUGUAGUUCACAAAGAAUUAAUUGCACUUUUGCAAGAUGAAUCAUUAGAGGUUUUGGAUGCCCUGCUAGAUCACCUUCCUGAAAUUCUAAGAUUUAUUGUUAAAGGGGGAGACCAUGUGGGAACAGAGAAUAAGGUGCAUAUUCCUGAUCUGAUUCCAGCUCUCUCAAUGGCUGAACAAAGAGCUGCCACCUCUUUAAAAUGGAGAAUACAUGAGAAGCUGUUGUUGACGUUUUCCUGUCUGCCACAAGUCAUUUCCAGUGAUCAGAUAUACUACAAGUUUUUGCCCAUAAUGUUUAGAAUAAUGACGACAAAUAAUGUCCUCCCAGUCCAAAGAGCCUCAGCCAGAACCCUCUGUGUAUUUGUUCGGUACAACCGUAAACAGGAGCAAAGACAGGAAAUAUGCAGUAAAAUCAUUGAGCAGCUUGGUCAAGGAAAAAGUUGCUGGAACAGGCUAAGAUUUCUUGACACCUGUGAAUGUAUCAUGGAAUUAUUUUCAAAAGCCUUCUUCUGCAAAUAUUUUUUCCUGCCUGUACUUGAACUUUCAAAUGAUCCUGUCCCUAAUGUAAGGAUUAAGUUCUGUUACAUGCUGCCAAAAUUGAAGUCUGUGUUGAAACUGCCAGCUGACAAACACCUUCUUCAACAACUUGAUCUUUGUGUUAGAAAAUUACUGUGUCAAGAAAAGGACAAAGACGUCACUGCUGUAGUGAGGGUUAUCACAUUGGAAUUAGAUCGAAUAGAAACAAGCAUGGAAUGUUUUCCAAAAAGGUUACAAGAGGAAGACUUGCUUGAUCACAAAAAGGAGAAGGAAGAACAUUUACUGUUGGAAAUGGAAGACAUGGAAAAACGAAUAGAAAGCAAGGCAGUGAAUGAAAAGAAAUUAGUUUCAUCUCUUAACAAGGAUGGGAAGAAGAAGAAUAAGUUAGCCCGUAGUCGUUCACUUGGGGCUCGAGUGGCACCACCAAAGCUUAUUUCUGAUAAGCCCACAAUGAAGCUCACUGCAAUAUCUAACUCGCAAAUUGCUCCAACUGCAAAAAAUGCCCUGCUGCCAUUUGAUUCAACAUCUCAGAGUCAUUCUUCAGCUUCUGGUGGGCUUUCCCAUCUGCCAUCUUGUUCGCGUUUUUAUUCCAAUGAGCAAAAACCAAAUGGAAGCAAAGAUACCCUUCCAAAAAAGUUUAACUUGAAAAGCAGAAAAUCAAACCCUUAAUGGAAGAAAUGUUACAUUCCAUGAUCAAACAUUUGAUAACAUGCAUCAGUGACUUCCUUAAAGGCAAGUUUCAGUGACUGUUUGCUGAUUUUGCAAGCUGUGAGGAAAUAAUGUAGUUUUCUGACUGAUUUGGAGGAAGAUUCAUUCCAAAUUGAAGACUGUAUUUGUGUCUCUGCAGAAGUAACUUAUUCUCAUUUUAUUGUCCAUGACUUGCUCUUUGAAUAUUUUUGCAUAUAUUCUUGUUUAUUACACAGUGUUUAAAAUUCAUUAAAAAGGUAUUACCUAACUUCCACAACCACCAUUAUAGAUAGGAAUAAAGAAAUUAAAACAAUAUAUGAUUUAUGUCUCAAUGCUUUGUUUUCAAUAUUUCUGUUUGCAAGGCAUGUAAAGGGUAAGCGAACAUGAUGUAUCCUUGUGUACUCCCAAACCUGUUAGGAAUGUGCAUCAUAACCAGCCAUGGUAGUUUCAAACAUUUACUUUUGAAUGAUAGGUGGAAAUUUCAACUUCUCCCUUUGGAGAAACUAAAAAGAACCUAUACGCAAGUUGAAUGAUUUCAAAUAUGAUCCCAAACUAGCUAAUUAGUUCAAAUAAUGGAGGUUUAUUAAACAGAUGAGCUAUGAAAUAAAGUUUCAAGAGCUUAAAUUUUCGGCAAAUCUUAGUUCACUGUGGAAGUUGCUCCACACAGCUUAAUCUGCCUCACCUUCAGUGAUGAAUUUGCUAAACUGAGCUUCACUUCAGGUGAGUAAAUUGUGAGUUCAGAGCCUUUUCCAAAGAGGCAUGUCUGCCUAAUGUAUUGAUUUUACUUGCUUCUUAAUUGGAAUGUAGUUAGUCUUUGGGCAAAAGAAGAGAUUAUUGGAGCAGUCUUUUGGACUGACAAACCUUACACACAAAGGAGAUAAUGGAAAUCUGCUGCAUGUAAUAUAGGGAAAUCACCUUUCAAAUAAAUAGGUGUCAAAUAUUGAAAGAGUAUCCCUUAAAAUGUGGAAGGUUGUUUGCUUAAAUUAGUAAUGAGAUAAUUCUGGCGCAAAAUUUACAUGUCCCAUUAAUUUGUGACUUGUAUAUUUCUGAUCAAAAUUGCUGGAGUGGAGGUUAUUAUUCUGUCUCAGAAGGGUAUGCUAUUUUUAGCAUAUCUUGGUGAAGUCUAAUGUAAUGAACUCACAAUACUGGUAUUACUGACUCAGUUCAGAAAAAUCUAGAUUGUAUUUCAGCCAAUGUGCCAUUAUGGAUGCCAACUGAAGAUAAGGUAGAUCUUUCCCAUAGAGCUGAAUUUACUUUUGCUAGCACUGCUUGGCAAUUGCUGAUUCAGUUUGCUCUGACCCUGUUAGUGUGAUGAAAAUAUCAGUGUGUUGUCCUUACUGACAGUGGCUUAUCAUGCCAGCAUUAAGUGACCCAGAAAUUCAAGAAACCUGUCAAAGUCAUUUUGUGUUGAUUUUACAAUAGUGCAAUUAGUACUAGCUCUUAAAACUGAAUGUAACAACUUACCUAUAAAUGUUAAGUGUUUUUCUUUGUGUUAUUCUGAAGGGUAAAAGAUGUUUUGUUUUAAUGAAGCUUAGCACACAGUGCAAAAGCUGUCUACACCACAUGAUAUGCAAAAUAUCAGUAUUAGCAGUUGUUGGCCUGCAUUACUAAUAUAGUUUGAGGCACUGUAUGUGCAUUUCACAAGGUCUGUCUUUUCAUGUUGCCACCUGAUGACAGUUUGAAAUAGUUUUUGGUAACCAGAGAUUUGUAAUAAAUUUCUAGUAUUGAAUUUAAUUUCUCAUUGUAAAAUGUUUAGGAUACAGUAUAUUUUAUUUUUCCCAAUGAUUUUGAGAUCCCAAUGUUAUUCUGAUCUAAUAUUUGAUUCAAAACCCUAUUGUACCUUUUUCCGUUCUUAAGACUAAGUCAGACUUCUGCAAGAUUAUCCUAUCAUUUUGCCAUAUAUUGUAAAUAACAGUGUAUAAUAACAAGUUACAUUGUAAGCAUGUAAAAGCAAAUGCAGAUACAGUUUUUCAUAAGGAAAGUGAAAACUAUUUAAUUUUUUAUUUUCUUUUGCAUGUCUCAUGAUAUUUAAAGCUUAUUUUGCAUAUAUUCCUUUCACAUGCCUACUGCUACAGGAAUAUAUAUAUAUAUAUAAACAGUGUUAUGAAAUCCAUGUGCAAACUGGUGUAAAUAUGGCCUUAAUCAGAUUGAGCUAUGCAGUCCAAAAAAUCUGGCUUUGUGAAAAUCUUUAAAUAGGUACAGUAUUGUCACCUUCAAUUCUGUUACAAUUGUAUGUUACAUAUUUUAAAAUAAAUUCUAAACACCAAAUAGAAACUCAA